AUGGACGGCCAGAAGGAUGGGCCGCAGACGCAUUCGUCCGAGGUCAUGUCCCACCAGCGGCUUGCGGAGGCACUCUCGGAGCUCAAUUUCCACUCCGACGAGCUCUCUGCCAGCAAGAUGGCAGCGCUAGCCUCGCCGUGCUUCUUCCACAAGAAGUUCGACAAGGCCGUCAACCUCGACAAGGUCAUAGACGAGAUUUCCGACGACGAGACCAUCUCACACUCGCGCUUGAUGCAGACCGCAACCAGCGUGCGCGAAGUCUCGAAGCAGCUACAGCGCCGGCCGAUCAAGAUGACAGUCCGGAAUGUCAUGAUCGUGACCAAGGCGCGCGACAACGAGCUCGUCUACCUCACGCGCGAGCUGACCGAGUGGCUGCUCUCCACCCCUCGCAAUGGAGCAGACGUCGGAGUGAACGUCUAUGUAGACCACAAGCUCCGCAAGUCGAAGCGCUUCGACAUGCCUUCGCUAUUAGCCAAGGAUCCGCGCUUCGAGAAUAUGCUCCGCUUCUGGACCCCUGACCUAUGCUGGGAGUCGCCUGAGAAGUUUGAUCUCGUUUUGACGCUUGGUGGUGACGGUACGGUGCUGUUCACCUCAUGGCUCUUCCAACGGAUCGUUCCUCCCAUCCUCUCCUUCUCUCUUGGCAGCCUCGGUUUCCUCACAAACUUUGAGUUCGCCCAGUACAAGGAAGCUCUCAACAAAAUCAUGGGUGAUGCCGGCAUGCGCGUGAACCUCCGCAUGCGCUUCACAUGCACCGUGUACCGCUUCCAGAAGAAUGCUGCCCCUGGGGCUCCGCAACACAUCGAAGCCGAGCAGUUUGAAGUGCUCAACGAGCUCGUCAUCGACCGCGGCCCAUCGCCCUACGUAUCGAAUCUGGAACUCUACGGCGACAACAACCUUCUUACCGUUGUCCAAGCCGACGGCUGCAUCUUCUCGACGCCCACUGGAUCGACCGCCUACUCUCUCUCCGCUGGAGGCUCUCUCGUACACCCAGACAUCCCCGCUAUCCUGCUCACGCCAAUUUGCCCACACACCCUGAGCUUCAGGCCGAUGCUGCUGAACGACAGCAUGCUCCUCAGGAUAGCUGUGCCGCGCAACUCGCGUGCGACUGCCUACUGCGCCUUCGACGGCAAGGGUCGCGUCGAGCUCCGACAAGGCGACCACGUCACAAUCGCCGCCUCACAGUACCCUUUCCCCUCUGUGCUGUCCCGGCCCACCGAAUGGUUCGACUCUAUCUCGCGUACGCUUAGAUGGAACACUCGUGGCGCCAUGCAGAAGGCCUGGGACGGCGAGCAUGUAGAACGCAAGCAUAGCAACGAGCCGGACCUUGGCUUCGACAUUGACUUCGACAACGACGAGGCUGAGCAUGAUUCCGGCUACUCCGCCGAGGGCUCGACCUCCGGCGGACGGGAGAGCCCUAUCAGGAAGGGCAUCAUUCUCCCCUUCCUGUAG